AUGGAACCCAGCAGAGUCAGGUACAAGUUUGUGGAAGAAGUUGAGCGCUUGGACUAUUAUGUUCCCGGAGGUUACCAUCCUGUCAUGAUUGGUGAUGAAUUUUGUGCCGGUCGAUAUGUUAUCGCUCAUAAACUUGGAUUCGGCCGAAAGGCUGUUGCACAGAAGCUGCUCGAUUUUUUCACCUUCUCUGGGUCAAAUGGCACUCACCAAUGUUUGGUCAGGGAUGCUGCUAAAAUCAAUAUUCAUGAAGCAAAAGAGGCUGCAUAUCAUCGACUUCUUCAUCUCCCUGCUGCUCGUACCAUCACCUCACAACUUAUACUGGGUUUGCAAUUCAUCCAUUCUCAAGGUAUUGUUCAUGGCGAUCUUCAUCUUGCAAAUAUUCUUCUUCACUUUCCACUUGAUAUGCAAGAUAUGUCUCUUGAGCAGCUGCAUGCUAGAACCGGUGAACCAGCAAAAGAGUAUGUUGUUCGUGAAGAUGGCACUCCACUUGACCCAGGAGUUCCUUCAGAAGUUGUUGUCCCCGUUUGGCUUGGACUCAGUAGUGAUGAGAUUUUCCUGGCAGAUUCUGCCAUUGUGAUUGCAGAUUUUGGAGAAGCAUUUGAUCCUCGAGUGACACGACGGUUCAGUGCCCACACACCACUCUCACCACCAGAAUCCCACUUUGCAGAGCCUGGAGAAUCAGAUGAUCAUUUUUCUUUCCCAGGAGAUAUAUGGACGCUUGCAUGCACUCUCUGGGAUACUUUUGGAUCCAGUCCCCCCUUUGAAGCCUUCCCCAUCACACUGGAUAGGGUUACAAUUGAGCAUGUUGAGAUGCUUGAAACACUUCGUCAGUGGUAUGGCAGUAGCGCCAGAGACUGGACCCAGCGGUUCAUGGAAUUUAUACAGCACCCACGGGAGAGAAUGAGGUUUGAUACCUUUUCAACAGAGGAGGAGAAUGCGUUCUGUGACAUGAUGAAGUCGAUGUUGGUCCUUGAACCAAGAAAAAGGGCCACAAUUGAGGAAGUGGUUGGAUAUGGAGUGGAUGCAAAGAUGGGGCCUGCCAGCAGUGCAGAAAUGUGA